UGACCGAAGAACAGCGGAGAUCUCGACACGCCAAAGAGGAAUGACGUCUUGUCAACAGUCCGUGUAGAAGUAGCGUUACAGGCAUGCCACUGUGUGACACUGAGUAGCCACUUGCCCCAGUGCCUCUCCCCCUUCUGACCUCAUGACAACCCCACCACUUGGCCAGUUUCCUGCGCAGCAGGCGCAAGCAGCCCGCGAUGUAAACACAGCCUCACUAUGUCGCAUUGGACAGGAAACCGUGCAGGAUAUCGUUUUAAGAACCAUGGAGAUCUUUCAGCUGCUUAGAAACAUGCAGCUACCAAAUGGGGUCACAUACCAUCCUAACACACAUCAGGACCGGCUGGGGAAGCUGCAGGAGCACCUGCGCAUGCUGUCUGUCCUCUUCCGUAAACUGCGCCUGGUCUACGACAAAUGCAACGAGAACUGUGCCGGUCUGGAGCCCAUUCCUCCCGAGCAACUCAUCCCCUACGUGGAGGACGACAGCUCCAAACUCGAUGAGCGUGUAGCCAGUCAGAUGCGUUCAGCCAGUGAAGAGAGAAGAGAAGUGCUUGAGGUGAACAAGAAACUCAAACAGAAGAACCAGCAACUGAAGCAGAUAAUGGACCAGCUCAGAAACCUCAUCUGGGAGAUUAACUCCAUGCUAGCUGUGAGGAGCUAAACCCCCCCCCCCCCCCCCCCCCACACACACACACACACACACACACACAGUCUACUCACGUUGCAUUAAUGAGAUGUGUUUUCACGGAGCGUAAAGGGGAGAGAUAGCAAAGACAGAAGAGGGGUACUGAGGUGAAAAAUUGCACAGAGGAAGGACAGAGUGAAACGGGGUAAACUUCGCUGCUUGUUCGCACUACAUGGUUGAGCAAGGAUUCAGUUUAUUUGACUUGAAUUCAAUUUCCAGCAAGAACAUUUUAAGACCGAGUGGAUUUCUUACUUUGAUGACUGUGAUGAAUUUCAUUCUUAAUUUUAUUCCAAAUACUUGUAAAUCUGGAAAAAAAAACUUUUAUAAAUUAAAUAUUUCAUAACAUAAUGUAGCAAGAAUGUUAGAGUAUAUAUGUAAUAUUGCAGUGUUCUGAUGUUCACUCGAUGCAAAACCUGCCAGAAAUUCUGGUAGUUAUGUACUGCAUUAUUAUUAAACAUAAGUGCUUUUGAAAGAAAAAUCUGAACUUUUGUAUUUAUGAUCUGCUGAUUUGCUUGAAUGAGUUGACAGAUGGUGUUAGUGUUUUUGAUAAAAAUGUGUUCCAUAAAUAAAGACACAUGUAAAACCGUUA